AUGCUGUGCCGGAUUGGCGGUCGGCGGCUGUGGUCGCUGCCAGGCCUGCAGCUUGGGGUCCGAAGCCCGCUGUUUGCUCUAGCCCCUACGAGCAGCGCCGAUCGCUCCGCUCUCCCAGCGUGGGCGGUGGCUUCAGUCUCUGCGGUUAGCCCGGCCGGCGCUGGCGGCUGGUAUGAGACCUUGGCCGCGUCCGCGCCUGUCAGGGGCGCGGAGGAACUGCUGCUUAGUGCGCACUCAGCCACGGGCCUGCCCUGGUGGGGCAGCAUCCUCCUCACCACUGUGGCCCUGCGCGGCGCCGUCACGCUGCCCCUGGCCGUCUACCAGCACUACAUCCUAGCCAAGGUGGAAAAUUUGCAACCAGAAAUAAAAAAUAUUGCCAGGCAUCUUAACCAAGAAGUUGCUGUCCGAGCGAAUCAGUUGGGAUGGUCCAAAAGAGUUGCCAGGCUCACUUAUCUCAAGAAUAUGCGAAGGCUUGUUUCAGAGCUGUAUGUCCGGGAUAACUGCCACCCCUUCAAAGCCACUGUGUUGGUCUGGAUUCAGCUUCCAAUGUGGAUCUUUAUAUCUGUUGCCCUCCGGAAUUUUAGCAUGGGGGCAACCCAUUCAGAAGGUUUUUCUGUUCAGGAGCAGUUAGCUACUGGUGGGAUUCUAUGGUUUCCUGACCUCACUGCAUUGGAUUCCACUUGGAUUCUGCCUAUAUCCGUUGGUGUCGUCAAUCUAUUAAUAGUGGAGAUUUUUGCUCUUCAGAAAGUUGGAAUGUCUCGUUUCCAUAAAUUAGUUACAUACUUUGUCCGUGGAGUGUCAGUGCUGAUGAUUCCAAUUGCUGCAACAGUACCUUCAUCAAUUGUCCUUUACUGGUUGUGCUCCAGCUUCAUGGGCCUCUCACAGAACUUGCUGCUGCGUUCUCCUGGGUUUCGCCAACUUUGCCGAAUACCAAUGACCAAGUCAGAUUCACAUACUCCUUAUAAGGACCUUUUUUCUACCUUUUAUGCCAAGUUCAUUUCAAAAAAAUGA